GAGCGCAUGCACGGUUGGUGGGGCUAGCCACGCACGCAAACACGUAAACUCGUGCAAUCCUGCUGCAAAUCGAUCGACUUCUCACUUGUUUCGAGAGUGUAGUGCGUAGUACACUCUGAAAAUUGAAUCGUAGGACACGACUUCGACUACGAGAAUAGAAAAUAAUUCCAAAAUCGAUCGACAUGACGAAGGAUUGGGAAACGGUGGCCACGAUGGCUUGCAUGAAAGGCCUGCUGAUGCUGUUCAACUGUAUUUUAUGGGUAUUUGGCAUAUUGCUACUGUGCAUCGGAAUUUGGAUGCGAAUUCAACUUCACGAUUACAUGGACGUAAGCCCUGAGAACAGCAGGGCAGCUUUAUUGGCAUUGGCUUGUCUGGGCGGUAUUUUAACUUUGACAGCGACGCUCGCUUGCUGUUGCACAACUCGCGGCCAUCCAGCCCUCUUAUUCCUGUACGGUGCAUUCUUAGCUAUCGUUGCGUUACUGGAACUUGCGGCUGGUGCAUCGAUUUAUGCUUACCGUACCAAUUUAAAUGAAAAAUUCGACCACGAUCUCAAUCAAACAAUGUCCGUCUAUAGGCACGACGAGACCAAGACCAUCCACAUCGACACUAUGCAGUCUACAUUGCAGUGCUGCGGUAACAGAGGUUUCACAGAUUGGUCCGAUAUGUCUCCACCGAUGGAAAUUCCACUGUCUUGCUGCAAAGUGGCACAAGAUGUGUGUAACAUUAAUGACGUAAACGAUAUUUAUACUCAGGGCUGCUACACUCGUGUGUUACGACUGAUAAACGGCAACAUCGGCUUGGUCGCUGGAAUAGCAGUCGGCGUAGCAUUCUUUCCGCUUAUAGGGGUCUUCUUAGCCUGUUGCUUAGCUAGCAACAUUAAUAAAGUCAAGUACGAGCAGGUUGCUUAGAAUUUGCGCCGGUUGCAGAAAAGCUCGUCGUGUCGGUAAGAAAAAUGCACAACGUUCGAAAGUUGUACAAUUACAAUUUGUAACAAAUAGGCAAAUACGAAUCUCUCUUCCGUUUUUUACGACAACUGCUUUCGACACGUUCCAUCUUACGCACACCGUUUGAGCUUCUCGCUCCAAGCGCGAACAUGUAUCUUGCUAUUACUUCUUACGCUUAUAAAUACAGAUACGUUGAAAUUCUCAGCGAUUCGAAUGAAAAGUUCAACGUGGAUCUGCACACUACGUAAAACGUGUUAAAGAGUUACACGUUCGAUAUUUUUCUCAGAAUUUAAUCAUACCCAUUCUUCGAAGAAACGGGCAAUUGAUAAUUUUUUACAUAUUACAAGCGUCUACAUGUUAUUAUUAUCCGUAUAUGUUGUAAGAACCUUUUAAAUAUCUUUAUUGUCAUGUUGGAUUCUCAUAAAAUUCUUAUAAGAACAUGUUAAAUAGUUACUGCGUGCUGUGCAUAGUUGCACAAGAAAGAAAACACAAUCGUAGGAGAAGACCGGAAUGAAGAAUAUCAAAUACGAUAAAAUAUGCGCGUUUGCAUGAAGAAAGAAUUCACAUUUCAUGAAAAACAGAUCCACGAUUAUCGAGGUUAAUUAAAGAAAAAGAUACGAGUUCUUCGAUGCGUCUAAUUAGCGCAAAUUUGAUUGUUUUUUUUUAAUUAAGUCGAUGAAAGGAACAAGUCGAUAACUGCGUCUGAUUGAUGAUCCUAAUGUUUCGUUAUGCAGUUAAUCGCAUAAUAAAUUGCCCAUUCAGUCUUGCAACGAUAAGAGCGCACAGAAAAACAUACAUAAUUCUAUAAAAUAAACUGAAAUAUAAUCCGACUAGAUGGAACAGAUCUUAUUAAUUGUUUAGAUCAUUGUGUUGAAAAAUAUUCUAUCUAAUAAAGCAGAUUAGACAAUUCCAGGAAAACCUCAAAUACGCUAGCACUUUCGAACAAUGUAAUUUAAAGGUAUUUAUAUAAGGUAAAUGAAACUACAUGCAUGUAUGAAAUAUCGUGUAAGUAUAUAUCUUUUCAAGAGUAUAUUUUAUGGAUAUACCUGCAUAAUCUAUACGCUCUUUUGUUAUCAUCGAUGGUACCCCUACUUUUCCCUAUUGUUUUAUCAUUUUGAGUAUAACUAAUGAAUUCAUUUAUCAAGUAUCUUUAACCUUUAAAUUAAGGAAAUACAAAUAUAAAAAGCAUAAACUAACGUUUGUAGCUCGGUACAGUUUAAAGUUCAGAAAUUGUCAGAAAAUACUUCGGAAUAUAUUUCAUUCGGCGCUAAUAUUGAACACGUUUGAAGACUAGAACGCAAAGUAACGUCCGUUUGAUAAGUACAAUUACGAUCCGAAACAUCAGUGUACCAUAAUGAUCGAUCGACGAAUACGUAUAACCAGAUAUAACUGGCAAGAGAAAAUUCCGUUAAUUACAGUAAUACGCGAAAGGCUUGAAGAUACAACUUCAAAUUCUAUUUUUGUUAUUAAACAAGACUCAUGUUUACACUAAUUUUUACCAACUUUUCUUUAGCUUUAUACGUCACAGUGUUUAUAUUUUUAAUAAAACCAAACAUACUAUUUACUACUAUCAGUUUAGCGGUACUAUUUAAUAAUAAUAUUUAGAGAUUUAACGUAAUUACUUUGUUCUGCUUGCGAUAGUUGUUAGCUUACUCGUUAGUUGCGCGUAACAACUACGUCUAAAAUGUUACAUCGUUUGGCUAAAAUUUCAUUAUUAAUGGUUGAUGAUUUCCUAAAUAUAAAACAGGUGACGCGAUUGCCUUGUGAUGUAUGUAUGUAUGUAUGUUUGUAUGUAUGUAUAUGUGUAUGCAUGUAUACGCAUAUAUGUUGGUAUAUAUCUAUCUUAUAGCGAACAUUUACCUCAUAACGGUGCUACAUUGUACCGCGAGACACGCGAUCAUAAUUUUACCGUAAUUCUAUCAGACGAAUUAUUACCUGUUUCACAUGGUAUCUCCUUUCGAUUACGAUGGUAUAUUAUCUUACAGCAUUAUAUUUGUUCGGGAUUUGAAGUGGCCAUCAGUUUAUGAUUUGGACAGCACAUCUCCCUUUUUUGAGAAAGUCAAAUUUCGAUUUGCCUUUCCCAAAAAUGGGAGAUGUGCUGUCCGAGCCAUAAACUGACGACUCCAAAUCCCAAACAAUAUCUUCACGUUAGAGAGGAAACAAACAAAUAACUUAUUUUUCGAUAAUUGUGAUUUUCCCAUCUUAUACAGAUAUAUAUACGCAUGUACGUGUAUACGGAUAAAAAUAUGUUUGAAAAAUACUUUUAUCAUUUUGUAUUUUUUCCGUUAUCUUUUUUAUUUCACUCCGUUCCGAUUAAUAUUUCAGAAAAUGGCAGAAACAGUUUUUUUCAGAGAUACAUCGAUCUUUCUUGUUUUUACAACUUCGCGACAUGUGUAAUGUAUAUUUUUAUGCGCAUAUAAAUACAUAUAUAAGUUGUUGCAGAGAAUUAUUAUUCUUGAGAGCUAUAUUGUACGUCAUUUACGUCUAUACAAUAUUUAAUGGAGAAAUUAAGAUCGUUCGAUUAUAUGUCACACACACACACACACACACACACACACACACACACACACACACACACACACACACACACACACACACACACACACACACACACACACACACACACACACACACACACACACAAAUACACACAUACACACUAUAAACAUAUAUGAAAAACAUUCUGUUUUCUAACAUUCCAUCUCGUUACAUAGAUUAUAGACUAUAUUUCUAGAUGGUCCUGGGAAACUCCUGUUAAGCAUUAGGUAAACUACCGUGGAGUUUUAGUCGGUAAGUCCGACAUUACCCCGCUGCUUCCCAGAAGUACGGUGGGGUGUCCAUGACGAUUUCCCCACGUAAAAAAAAAAAAGAAAAAAGAAAAAAAGAAAAAAGGAAAAGAAAGAACUAUAUUUCUAGAUAUACAUAUGCACGUAGUACAUUGAUCUAUAUUUAGUCACAUAAGAAAAUAAGAAGACAAAUUUUAUCAUCAAUUUUAUCAUUUUGCUUUUUUGUUAAAAGGACACGACUAUGUUUUACGUGCUUUAAAAACAGCUUACUAUAGUUUUAUCUUUACAGUGUUCGUAUUCGUAUUCGUAUUCGUAUUCGUAUUCGUAUGUAAUUAAACAAAAUUCCAUGUACGUAGUAUACAGAUGUUUCUCGUCUAAAUGUUUCCGUCUCCUAAAAUUUUAAACAAGUUUAGACUAAUAUAUUAAAGAAACGAAUUGUUAACCGAACAAAAGUGAUUGUCAAUUGUACAUUGUUCAAUUAUACGCAUACGAUAAGACUUAUUUGAUGUAUUGUUUUACAGAAAUUUGAAAAAUUAUUUACGUUAAUAUACGAUAUACCGUGCGUUUUAAAAUGUGCAAGAAAUUUGAUAUACAUAAAUCCUCUGUUUCUGCACAGGCGCUAUCUAAAGCUCAAAUUAAACGAACAUCGUCGCUCACAAAUAGACACAAACAGAUUUCACAUAUAGAUAAACUAUUAAAUCUUAUAAAUAACAAAAAAACAAAAUAUACAUGUAUUUAUUAUAUUCGUAUUAUAUUCAAAUAUUUCAAAAUAUAUAUACAUGUACAUAUUAUAAUAUAUGUAUAAUUAUAUUUCAAUAUAAUAAAUAUAGUAUUUCAAUAUA